GUGCCGGGGAGCCCCUCUUCAUGCUGUACUGUGCCAUGAAGCAGCAGAUGGAGAAGGGCCCCAUUGACGCCAUCACGGGCGAGGCGCGCUACUCCCUCAGCGAGGACAAGCUCAUCCGCCAGCAGAUCGACUACAAGACCCUGACUCUCCACUGUGUAAACCCGGAGAAUGAGAACGCCCCGGAGGUGAUGGUCAAGUGCCUGAACUGCGAUACCAUCACCCAGGUGAAGGAGAAGCUCCUGGACGCUGUGUACAAGGGCAGUCCCUACUCCCAGCGGCCCAAGGCUGGGGACAUGGACCUGGAGUGGCGCCAGGGCAGGAUGGCUCGAAUCAUUCUCCAAGACGAGGACGUCACCACGAAGAUUGACAAUGACUGGAAGCGCUUAAACACACUCGCUCACUAUCAGGUUACAGACGGGUCAGCCGUUGCCCUUGUGCCAAAGCAGAACUCUGCCUACAACAUCUCCAACUCCUCAACAUUCACUAAAUCUCUUAGCAGAUAUGAGAGCAUGCUGAGGACGGCCAGCAGCCCAGACAGCCUGCGUUCCCGGACGCCCAUGAUCACGCCAGACCUGGAGAGCGGCACCAAGCUGUGGCACCUGGUCAAGAACCACGACCACUCAGACCAGCGGGAGGGGGACCGCGGCAGCAAGAUGGUGUCCGAGAUCUACCUGACCCGUCUGCUGGCUACCAAGGGUACGCUACAGAAGUUCGUGGAUGACCUUUUCGAGACGAUCUUCAGCACAGCUCACCGGGGCAGUGCCCUGCCUCUGGCUAUUAAGUACAUGUUCGACUUCCUGGACGAGCAGGCGGACAAGCACCAGAUCACUGACUCCGACGUCAGACACACCUGGAAGAGCAACUGCUUACCGCUCCGCUUCUGGGUGAACGUCAUCAAGAACCCCCAGUUCGUCUUUGACAUCCACAAGAACAGCAUCACUGACGCCUGUCUAUCAGUGGUGGCACAGACCUUCAUGGACUCCUGCUCCACCUCCGAGCACAAACUGGGCAAAGACUCACCCUCCAACAAGCUGCUCUACGCUAAAGACAUCCCCAACUACAAGAACUGGGUGGAGAGGUACUACUCGGACAUCGCCCGCAUGCCGGCCAUCAGUGACCAGGACAUGAGCGCCUACCUGGCGGAGCAGUCCCGGCUGCACCUCAGCCAGUUCAACAGCAUGAGCGCGCUGCACGAGAUCUACUCCUACAUCGUCAAGUACAAAGACGAGAUCUUGUCCGCACUACAGAAGGAUGACCAGGCUCGCCGGCAGAGACUCCGCAGUAAGCUGGAGCAGGUCAUCGACACCAUGGCGCUGUCCAGCUGAGAACCGCUCGGCCAGCAGCGGUGGAACUGGAGAACCCUCUUAACACCCCCCCCCCCCCCCCCCCCCCCCCCAAAAAAAAACAAAAAAACAAACAGGAAGCUAAAGGACUGCAACAUGGACUGCAGCAGUACACUGGAGACCCACCACAAGCUCCUAGGGUGGCACCUUUUGCAUCACAUCCCGUUUCCCCUCCAGCUGCCUAAGAACUGUUACACUUCCCGUGGGCAGCACUCUUAGUGCUGGUUGCUCUACAGGUUACUUUUGAUUUUGUUUGUAGUUUUUUUUAUAUAUAUAUAUAUAUAUAUAUAUAUAUAUAUAUAUAUAUAUAUAUCAAUCAGUCAUCCGCUGCAGUUGUUGAACUGCUGUGUAGAAGGCAAGGAGGGAAGGAGCAGAGAAGAAUGUCGUCGGACUACAGGGAUCAUGCUUCCAUCGUGUGAAUGGACACACUGACGGAAGUCCUUCUCCCAUGUGGAUGAAUGGAUGGAUGGAUGUCACUCCCUUUUAGUGCUUCAUUUUCAAAAAAUGGUUUUAUAUAUUUUUUAUUUUUUGUUUUGUUUUAUCGAUCUGCCCACUCGCUCCAGUCUCCUGCCACAUGUGUUACUGCUGAAUUUGCACAAAUAACAGGAACAAAAGAUGAAAUAUAUAAAUAUAAAUAUAUAUAUAUAUAUAUAGAUAUAUAAAUGCAACUGCAUUUUUUAAAGACAAAAUGAAAAGAAGUUUUCCAUUUUAUCGUAGAGAGUUCAACAAAAAAUGGAUUUGAUAUUUCAAAGACUGAAUAAUGAAAAUGAAAAAAAGAAAGGUGUCAUGUGCCAUGUUUUAUUUGAAUGUUGUUUAGUGCAGAACUUUUUUUAGAUUAAAAAAUGUGCUAUUAUUUAA